AGGCUCCACCCACCUCGCCUCCACGGGACCAGACAGUCGCAGCGGUGCCGGUGCCGAUACCGACUCGGCAGGGGAUGUCGAUGACGACACCAGGAGACUCGUGCUGACUUGGUCCUAAUAUCGGUGAAAAUGUAAUCCACACCCAUCUCAGGAAAUGGUGAGAGUCACCCACCCCACUUGUGCCCGGAAAAGGUUCUCCUAAAAGUCCAUAGGUGAAGACUAGAACUCCAGCUGUCUAUUUGGGGAAGCAAACAAAGAAGGAAUCGAGGCCGUGGUGGAACACUCCUGCUGCCAUUAGAUGUUUUGGCACGUUUGUUUGUGCACAUAUCUGCAAACAUGAAGGGGUUGCUGUCCACGUUUAGGGUGAAGCAGAAUUAGAGAAAGCCGUGGUGUCCAUUAUGCUUGAGGAGGACAUUAUUAACUGCACCAUCAGCCAUGAAAUCCACCAGAACCUCUUCUCCAUUGUUUAUAUCCUCGUACUGUUGGUGGGCGUUCCCUCCAACCUCUACGCUCUGUACCAUGCGGUUCUGCAGCUGAAGCAAAAGAAUGAAUUAGGGGUUUACUUGAUAAACCUCACCGUGUCUGAUCUGUUAUACCUGACGUCAUUACCACUCUGGCUCCAGUACAUUUUCCAGGAUGACGAUUGGCGCCAUCGAGAAUGGUUGUGCCAACUCUGUGGCUUUCUUCUCUAUGAGAACAUCUACAUCAGCAUUGGCUUCCUAUGCUGUAUCAGUCUGGAUCGCUACCUGGCUGUGGUCCACCCUUUAAGGUUCAGCUUCCUGCGCUCAAUGGCUGCAGCCGGCCUUUUCAGCGCCAUCAUCUGGCUGAAGGAGAUCGCAGUGGGGGUAGUUUUCUUCCACCAUAAGGAGCUGAGUCCAACGGCCUCCAACCAGUCGGUGUGCUUCGAGCACUACCCCAUGCAGCCCUGGGAGUACCCCGUCAACUACUACCGCGUCACUGUUGGCUUCAUGUUACCACUGGCCAUUCUGCUGGUCAGCUACCUGUGCGUGCUGCGGGCUGUGGGUCAGAGUGCCGGCACACAGCCACUCCGGAAGACCAGAAUCCGGCAGUUAGUAAGCAGCACCAUCCUCAUUUUCCUCAUCUGCUUCUCCCCUUACCACAUCUUCCUGCUGCUACGCACCCUGCUGGAGCGCGACUGUAACUUUAUCACAGGGAUAUUCAACUAUUACCACCUGGCUCUCUUGUUGACCUCUCUGAACUGUGUGGCCGACCCUGCGCUCUACUGCUUCGUCAGCGAAAGUGCCCGCCAUGGCUUCUUCAGGGCCAUUUUUCGGCCCGUGACCAGGUUUCUGUGUUGCUGCCUUGGUGGCGGGAACGCUGGUCUACCUAACGUCGCCACCGAUUGCCAGGAAGUCCCUAUUGACGUGACCACACUGACUAGGCUCUCCCAUAUGAGCAAGACGGUGAUUUUAAUCACCGCCGACGAUAGAAAAAGAGUCAUACCAUUAACGUUACAGAACAGGAGUGAUGGAAAGAGUAGUGUGGAGACAGAGAAAAUGUCCCACACAAGUGUUAUCAUGAAGUGAAUGGAUCCAAGGAACAAACAUCAGGGCUUGAGAUGUCUGCAACUGAGAAGUGACCACUGCUCCCGCUCAUGUGUUUACCAUUUAGGCAACUGCACAUCCAUCACCAUCACAUACUUUACUAUCUAGAAGACCACGCUCAAAGUUGUCGACAGUAGAGAUGAGUCCAUCCAUCGCCACUGAGCACCAUCCUACUACGGAGACGGGGUGGGAUCCCAUAAGCUUGUCUUCCUGCUACUCCUUUUCGGACUUUUUGAGUCGUGUAACUGUGAGCAUGAGAUCUGACCCAGUGUGAACUGUAUGCACCUUUUGAAAUAAACUCAAAGUCAAAGACUCUGAAAGUGAAGAAAUAAAGUCAAAAUCAUACAACAUACAAACAA